AUGCUUCUCAAAUCAAUGCUCGAAACCACAACCUUAAACCCCUCGUUAUCACAGCUCACGACAAACUUAAACCCCUCAUUUUUCCACCAAGUUGUCCAAAUCUUGCGAGACAAUUUCUCCCGCAAGGCCUCCAAAUCCGCGCUGCACCUACUGGCCAACGUUUGCCAGAGAGGGAGGAACCGGAUCAAGGCGGCGGAGGCCGGGGCGGCGACCGUGCUGAUCGAUCUACUGCUGCACACGAACGAGAAACGAUAUUGCGAGUGGAGUCUGAGCGUACUGGAGCAGCUUUGCCGGUGCGCGGCGGGGCUGGCGGUGGUGUCGAGGAAAAUCCUGAGGGUGUCGCAGGUGGCGAAUGAGAGAGGUCUGAGGAUCUUGUACUCCAUCGCCAAGUUCUCUGCUACUCCCAGUGUGGUGCAAGAGAUGUUGCAGCUGGGAGUGGGGGCGAAGCUGUGUUUGGUUAUACAAGUGGAUUGUGGGGUUGGGAAGAACAAGGAGAGAGCUGCUGAGAUUCUCAAAUUGCAUGCUAAGGAAUGGAAAAAAAAAUAUUUUUAUGCUUGUAAAGAAUUACUCCGUAUUCAGCUUCUUUGCUAUGUUGAGUGA